UUCCCUAUGCUUUUAAAACAUUGCGGUGGUGGCUCGCGUGCUGUCAGUCAAGAUGGAGUUGUAUCUGGACCUUCGCUCGCAGCCUUGCCGCUCCCUCUUCAUGUUCGCCAAGGCCAACGCCAUUCCCUUUCAAUUCAAACUGGUGGACCUGGCCAAAGGGGAGCAGUAUGGCGAAGAGUUCGGGAAGAUCAGCCCGAUACGGAAAGUUCCGGUCAUGAAGGAUGGAGACUUUGUCCUCACAGAAAGUGUGGCCAUCCUUCAGUACCUGGUUGAGAAGCAUGCGUCCUUCCUUGCUGACCACUGGUACCCAGCCGACCUGCGGCAGCGGGCGCGGGUCAAUGAGUACCUGUCCUGGCAGCAGAUGAACCUGCGAGCCCAUGGGUCAAAGGUCUUCUUGCUCAAGAACAUGUACCCCGUGGUGAUGGGCCAGGAGGUCCCGGAAGACAAAAUGUCAUCGGCCGUGGAGGAGCUGACCCAGGCUGUGGACAUCUUGGAGAACUAUUUCCUGGGGGAAAGCUUGUUCCUGUGUGGCGCCUCCAUCUCUCUGGCUGACGUGGUGGCCAUGGCUGAGAUCAUGCAGCCGGUGAGCAGCGGCGUGGACGUGUUCUCGACGCGUCCAAAGCUAUCGGCGUGGCGUGAGCGUGUGAAGAAGGAGGUGGGCGUCGCCCUCUUCGACGAGGCCCACGCCGCCAUCAUGACGAGCGGCGGCGUGGCGCAGACGCUGCGCGAAGGAGGACUGCCCCAAAUCUUCAAGGACAAGUUCAAGAAAGCUUUCUUGUGAAUGUCAAUAAAAAAAAACAAUCCGACCAAACGCUGUAUUUCUAAAGACCUGUUACCAUCACAUGACCACAUAAUGAACAUCUAUUUCAGAUGUUGUCCGUCUUAAUACAAAAUUUACACACUACACACAUCAAGACAAGACAAUUUUUGCCCCAAUUUUGCCUCUUCCCGAUUAAGGAUGUUAAGAUAUUAUGACGCUCGAUUUCUUUUUAGGUGUGUUCCAAGUGGAUUUGUUUUGAUAAUGGGGUGCAAAAGGGGUUGGGACAAUGUUAAAUAUUAAAUAUAAAAAUAUACAAAUUAAAUCUCUUCAAUAUUUUUCCGAAGAGAAAUUGCCGAGUCAUGAUACAGAGAACCCUGAUGUGGAACGCAAUAUAGCCAACCAAGAACACCCUGACUCAAAAUCACGAAGCAGACACGUCUUGUCUAAGCUUCUUGUUGUUGUUUGUUGGUAUAAAAGUGCGUAUUUUCCAAAUCAAGUAUUUUUAUUGAUAUUGAUAAAACGUCAAAUAUUAUUAUUCCUUUUGUUUUUCAUCUUCAUUUGUGGGGUCUUUCACAAGCAAAUUGACUUUUAUCCAUCAAUCCAUCUGUCCAAUUUCUCUGCCGCUUAUCCUCACAAGGGUCACAGGAGUGCUGGAGCCUAUCCCAGCUGUCAACGGGCAGGAGGCAGGGUACACCCUGAAGACCCUGAACUGGUUGCCAGCCAAUCGGAGGACACAUGGAGACAGACAUGUGGGAGGAAACCACACUGCCAGGAGAAAACCCACGCAAUCACAGGGAGAACAUGCAAACUUUACACAGGCGGGACCGGGAUUUGAACCAUGGUCGUCAGAAAUGGGAGGCC